AAGUAGACCAGGGCACUUUGAAUGUUCCAGUGCUCGCAGAAGCAAUGGGUGGAACAGGAGCAUUUCCCUUUUCCUUCAUCUUCUACUCCCUCUUGCUACAGAAUACUCUGUGUAGAAAUGUGUUUCCUACUGAUAUACCGGAGUUGAAAAUGCAAAACAAAAGGGAGACCAUAAUAGAACACAAACACGUCAACAUAACGAUUAAUGUAGUAGAGGAAGACGGCGGCACAGAGACGUUUGUGGAAAACUGCCAAGAGGUGCAGAAGAAACUGGACCAGAAGAUCAAUGAACUGGAUGAAAAGACCAACGUUAACUCUGAACUGGCUCUGAGGGUGGCCUUGUUACAGGCCGAGUUGCAGAAGGCCCAGAGAGAGGGCGGAGGACAUCCAAAUGUGUUAAAAAAGCAGCUGCAGGAGACCAUACUUCAACUGGAAAGAAAGAAUGCCGUCAACGCCGACCUGGCUGCAAGAGUCGAUAAUCUGCAAAACCUCAUAUUAGAGCUGCAGAAAUGGGCUACAGACAGAGCCUCUGCCCAAGUUAUUGUACUUCAAACUGAACUGCAGAACAAGAUUACUGAGCUGAAAGAGAAGUCCAAUGACAACAGUAAACUAUAUCUGCAGAUACUUACACUGCAAAAACAAAUGAAAGAACUGGAGUCUGGAUCUUCAGCCCAGAUCAGUGAUUUGCAGGAUCAGCUGCAACGGACAGCUGAGCAGUUGAGGAUCAAGAAGAGGCAGCUUGAAGUGAAGACUGGUUUAAACUAUAGACUGGUCCAACAGAUCCUGGACCUACAGAAUAGCAUUUGGGAGCUACAGAAAGGCUACUCCGACAAAACUACUUUGAGCAAAAUGCAAAUGGCUGAGUUGCUGAAGCAACUGGAGGAGAAGAUUAACCAACUUGAAGACGCACCGGAUGAUGACUCUAAACUGGUUCUGAAGAUAUUUUCACUGGAGAGUAGGAUCCGAGAGCUACAGUUGAAGCUUGUCAACGAGACGAUCCCAGACCUCAUCGCUGAAAUUCAGCAGAAACUGGACAAGAAGAACAAGGAGCUUGAAGAGACCCUGAAAGAGCUUGAAAACAGGAAAAAUGACAAUUCCAAUCUGCUUCUUCAAAUAGUCAAUCUGACGCGAACCGUGGAGAACCUGCAGAAACAGGACACCAGCAAGUCCCUGAUGAGCCAGGUGACUGAGUUACAAAAUAAACUACAAAGUAUGGAUAAAGGGUUCUUUGAACUACAGGCCAGCCACAAUGCGAUUCAGAAGCAACUAGGGAAGACAACAGCUGACCUGCAAAACAAGAACAAUGAAAAUUCCAGACUGGCCUCUGAGAUAAAUCGACUAAAGAAACUCAUGGCGGAUGUUGAGAAAGAGGCGGAGGAAAGACGAGCUGCCGAAGUCGCUGGGCUGCAGAAUGAAGUGCAGAAAGCGAUUAAUUCUAUGAAAGAGACAGCCAAUGACAACAGUAAAAUGGUUAUGCAGAUACUUUCACUGCAAAGUGAAAUAAACCACAUAAAAUCUGGAUCUUCAGACAAGAUCAAGGAUUUAGAACAGAAACUGAAAGAAAAGACUGAACAGCUAAUGAUUAAGACCAAGCAACUGGAAAAAAAGACCAAUUUGAACUCUGAGCUGGUUCAGCAGAUCCUGGAACUGCAGGGUAUCAUAUGGGACCUGGAGAGAGGGGGCACCAAUGGAACAACCCGACUGUUUGCUUUGCUAAAGCAGCUGGAAAACAAGGUUGAAGAAGUGGAAGUGGGAGAGGGUGACAACACUAAACUGGUUCUGAAGAUAUUUGCACUGGAGAGUGUGAUAAGAGAAAUAACAAGGCAGUCUAUGACAGAAACAUCCCCCAGUGUGUUCGCUGAGCUUCAGGAGCAACUGAAGAAAAAGAACAAGGAGCUGGAGGAUGCCAUGAAGGAACUUGAAAGAAACAAGAACGACAAUUCCAAAAUUUUGGUAAAAAUUGUUGAAAUGCAGGAAAACCUGGGGAACCUCCAGAGAAACAUCUCCAACCAGAGUAUACUGGGCCACUUUGCAGAAAUGAAAAGACAGCUGGAGGAAAUGAAUGUGAAAUAUAAGAAUCUGCUGGCCAGCUACAAUGAAGUUCAGAAGCUUCUGGAAGAAUCAACUAAUGAGCUGAAAAACGUGACCAGUACCAAUGUUGAGCUGGAAUUAGAGGUAAAUCGGCUGAAGAACCGGCUAGUAGCAGUAGAGACUGAGGUCUUACAGCAGGGUUCUGUCAAGAUUGCAACACUUCAAAACGAACUUGAGCGGAAGAUUCAGGAACUAGAACAGAAGGACAAUGACAACAGCAAACUGUUCCUGGAGAUACUAACACUGCGGACUCAGAUAAAUAACAUCAAGUCUGGAUCUUCAGCUGAUAUCAAAGAAUUACAACGGUUACUGCAAGAGAAAACGAAGCAACUGAGCUUGAAGACCAAGCAACUGGAAGUGAAGACCGAUUUAAACUCGAAACUCACUCAACAGAUCCUGGAACUGCAGGGUAUCAUAUGGGACUUGGAGAAAGGGGGCACCGGUGGAACAGCCCAGCUCUCGGAAUUGUUAAAACAACUGGAGGGCAAGAUCAACCAAAUGGAUGACACAUCUGAUGAUGACUCUAAACUGGUCCUGAAGAUCUUUGCGCUAGAGACUAUAAUCAGAGAAACUAUGAAGGAGUCCUCGCAACAGACAUCCCCAGCUGUCAUUGCCGAACUUGAGAAGAAACUACAGGCCAAGAACAAGGAACUGGAAGAGACUGUGAAGGAGCUUCAAAGCAGGAACAAUGAGAAUUCCAAAAUGCUUACUGAAAUAGUUGGUCUGCAUAAAACAGUGAAAACCCUGGAGAAAGAAGCUGUGGACCACAGCUCAAUUGCCCGGAAUGCUGAGUUGCAGAAGGCACUGGAAGACAAGGACGAGCAAUACAGGGAACUAAAAAAAAGCUGCGGUGCAACUCAGAGGGAACUGCAGGAUACACGUGAUCAGCUGGACAAGAAGAUGAGUGCCAGUUCUAAACUAGUGAAAGAGGUGAAUGAAUUGAAGGACCUUUUGUCAGCGGCGAAUAAUGAUCAGACCUCUGCACAGAUUGCAGUGCUAAAGAAUGAACUCCAGGGUGCAAUUAAUCAACUCAAAGAGAAGUCCGAUGACAACAGUAAACUUGUUCUGCAGAUUUAUACAUUGCAGAGUCAAGUAAAAACAUUGCAGACUGGAUCUGCAACCAAGGUCAAAGAAUUACAGGAGCUACUCAGACAAAAGGCUAAAGAACUGAAGGACAAAAACAAGCAACUGGAGGUGAAGACUGACUUAAACUCUAAGCUGGUUAUGCAGAUCCUGGAACUGCAGGGUAUCAUAUGGGACCUGGAGAAAGGGGGCACCAACGGAACAAGCCGGCUGUUUGAUCUGCUAGACCAACUUGAACAGAAGGUCAACCAAAUGGAAGACAAACCUGAGGACGACACCAAACUAGUUCUGAAGAUAUUUGCUUUGCAAAAUAUAAUCAAAGAGCUACUGAAGCAGUCUGAAAGCACACCAGACAACAAAUCUGAUAAAGCAAAUAUUGAACUGCAGAAGAAGCUGGAUGCCAAGAACAAGGAGCUGGCGGAGACUGUGGACAAGCUGAAACAGAAGGACAAUGAAAAUACCAAAAUGCUGGUCCGGAUAGUAGACCUGGAGACAACAGUGAGACAAGUACAAGAGGCAGCUAAUAAUCAAACCAUGAUCGCCAACAUUGCUGAACUUAAGGAGCAACUGAAGGACAUGGAUGAGAGACAUACGAGGCUUCAAAGCAGCUACAAUGGCCUAGAGACACAGCUGAUAGAAAAGGAGAAAGCUUAUUCCCAGCUGCACUCCAAAUACAAAGAUCUUCUGAGGAAGCUGGAGGACAAUGGUGGCUCAAACUCCAAACUACAGCGACAACUAAAAGACCAGGAAGACGAAAAAAACCAACUUCAAGCAAAACUCAGUGAGUUACAGAGGCAGUUCACACAGAAGAAUGAGGACUGCUCCCAACUGCAGUCCAGAUAUGAUGGCCUACAGAACCAGAUGAAGAGCCAGAACGACAACCUGUCCAGGCUACAGGCUACCUAUAAUGAACUUCAGAAGCAAGUGAAGGACAAGGAGAAACAAUAUUCGGACCUGAAGAACAGAUAUGACGAUCUGCAGAAGCAGGUGAAAGAAAAGAAUGAGCACUAUGAACACCUGCAGGACAAAUACAAUGAGGUGCAGAAUGAAGUUGAGGAGAAGGAGAACUACAAAUUCAAAACACCUGCCGUUUUCCUGGACCCUGACACUGCACAUCCUAAACUCAUCCUCUCAGAAGAUGGGAAGGAGGUGAGGGUUGCAAGAACACGACAGGAUGUCCCUAGCAACCCAUUCAGAUUUGACACAUCUUUGGGAGUUGUUGGAAAAAAGGGUUUUACCUCUGGGAAGAGCUACUGGGAAGUGCAGGUUGGAGAACGGUCCUGCUACAUCUUGGGGGUCAUUGGAGAGUCUGCCACUCGAAAGGGGAGGAUUCUACCAAAGCCCAGAAAUAAGUACUGGACAGUAAUCAAGGUCAGGCAGAAUGUGUUCCGAGUUCUUGAAAACGCACCCAAGAACCUUAACCUGUCCAACAAGCCCAAUAAGGUUGGGGUUCUCCUCGAUUACGAGGGUGGAAAGGUCUCCUUUUAUGAUACAAACACCAGGUCCCAUAUCUAUACAUUCAGUGGUAACACCUUCAGUGAGAAAUUAUUUCCCGUCAUCAUCACUUGUGAGGACACAGAUCCAAAUGAGGACCCAAUUGUGAUGUCUUCUGUUAGUGAUAAUCUCUCUUGGAUACAGUAAUACCUGGUUAUUCACUCUACUUUCUAAUGUGUAACAAAAACAGUCUAAACAAGACUGAACAGUGACAGAAAACCCACAAAGCAAUAUAUAACAAACAGCAGUAAUGUUGCGUAGCUGACACUAAGAUUUUAUGGGCUUUAGCUGUGAUAAACUAAGCAAAUGAAAAAAGAACUAAUUUUCCUUAUGCUUUAUUAGCAAAUUUUCUGGAUAUCAAUGUAUGUGCUGAUGUGACCUGCGUUCUUCACAAAGCAAUAAUAAAGUCUUUUCUACAAGUA